AUGUACAUACUCAUAAAUCAGUUAUCAGCUUCAUCUUCUUCAUCCUCUACGAAUCCUAAAUUCGCUUGGCCCCCUCGACCUCCAGGUCCUUCUCCUUUCGAUCCUUCAUCUCAUCCACCUUCAGAUCCCUUCAACAAUACUUCAUCUUUCGCUGAAGAUCCAAGAGGACCAACAAUGACUAUGCCUCAUCGAGCCGUUAGUCAACCGACUGCUUUCAAUGACAUAGCUAUCGAUCCUGAAUUUUCAGGUGUUGGACCACCAGCAGAGGAAUACACCUUCGAUCCUCCCGUACACCCUGUUCCUCCAGCCUAUAACAGAACUUAUUCCGCUCCUCUACCUGCUCGCGUAGGCUAUCUUCGUCACCCCUUAUCUCCACUGCACGAUCCAUAUGGCUCCGUUCAAACCAGCCCUGCAUCGGACGAUGAUGUACGAACCCCUCUUCAUACCCUGUCUCUCGAGUUAGCCGACUCGGUUCAAUCAGCUAUUCAAACCCUCCUUCACCUAUCACCUCCUCAUCUCCUCGAUAAUGCCAAAGAACAGUACUCUGGUUGUACUGUUCAGAUGCCAACCACAUCUUUAUCAGCACUUCUCACAUCCAUGCGGAGUUUGAACUACUUAUCCGCCAACGUAGAAACCCUCUGCGCACCUCUCCAUGCCCAGGAAAGCGGAUGGACACCUCCAGCUGUCAAACCCGCCAAUGACUUUGACAUUGGCGAGUUACUGCAGAGUGUCGCUGAUCUAUUGAGCGGUCAAGCGGCUCAAGCAGGAGUCGACUUUGUUCUCUUUCAUGGUGAUGUGGGGAUCAAGCAUGUCAGCGUGUGUGGAGAUGGAGAAGGACUAGCAUAUGUGCUCAGUCACGUCAUCCGACAAAUUCUUCUCGUCGCUCACAAAGGCGAUACAAUCGAGCUCGGAUUGCAGAUCAUUCCUCAGUCACCCUCUCUUACCCCUCGUCUGGAAUUGCCCUUGUCCAACGCCGAUGUUGACAAACAUCGACAAGCAAAUAUGUUAUCCGGCGGCCUUCCCACCUCCCCUGGAAAGACAUUCCCUUCUACCCCUUUCGGACUGGCCCAAGGCCCUCUUCUGUGCAUCUUUGAGAUUGUUCACAACAUCUUUCAAUCGUACGACUCACCCAGUCAGACUCCGCGAGCUGAACUCAAUCCUUUUAGUCAACUGAAAGAACAAGGUGACGCCGCCACCCCUAGACUCGACACCAUCAUGUGCCGUCGACUCUUGCAGAGUCAGAACGCCACUUUACGGACCGAUGCCAAGCCGUCCUCACCACUCAACGAUGGCCUGCCUCGUCGAGCAUACGAGCUGUCAGUCAUGUUACCUCGUGGUCGACCAAUUCCGGAACCGGCCGCCCUGUCAGCGGAGGAAGAAGCAGUCCGACAACCCUUUUCUACCGUCCGCCUCGCUCGUGAACCCACUCUGUUUGAGCUCUCAGAUUUCGCAGAAUCCCUUCGAGGCAAGAAAGUCCUGCUACACGCCAGUCUCACAAGUGUCUUUGCCCGACAUCUGACCAGCUAUCUAGCCGUCUGGGGUUUGGACAUUUCACAUAAACCCCUUGAAGAAUCCGAACCGCACAGUCGGGAUGGAUCACGGCGUGACUCUGGCUAUGCUGGAUCUCCAAAUACCCCUCCCGCCAUGGAGACGGUGACGAUGCCCACGCCAAUGUCACUGGCUGGCUCUGGUGUCUUUGCAGCUCGUGAGGCGGACAAGUUCAUCAUCAUCGACGACGAUGUCUCAGUCCUUCGUAGAGAGCUGAUCCGUCUUCGUUCCCAAGCUCUGCCCACCACCGUUCGACCUCACCUCGGUAAACGACCGACCAUGACGAGUCGAGCCAGAUCAACACCACAUGUCCGUCAAGUGUCUAACCUCAAGCGUCCCGGCCAAAUGAUCAUUCACUUCACUAGUCUUGCAAAUUACAACUUGGUACGGGACGUCAUCGUAGGUCUCAUUGGAUCUCCCUGGGCGACUCAGAGCGGUACUUUGAUUCAUCCAGACGUGAUGGUGAUACCCAAGCCAGUCGGUCCUCGUCGCUUCCUCACAGCUCUACACACUGCCGUUCAUCAACCCAUUGUAGACCCAUACUUCUCACCUAUCGCCACCAGCCCUCGAUCUCCUGGAGGAGGGUUCUUCGCCAAUCUUCGUACACCAACUGGGACAGAACUUGCCCGGGAUAAUGGCUUCUUUGAUCGAGUCAUGGAGGAGAGUUUGGAACAUCCUACUCACCACUCUGUUCGUUCACCGCUGGGCGAAUAUCCUCCAAUACAGAGCAAUAGACGACUCAACGAUGCUCUGCACCUCUCCAUCCCACCUUCCAGCGACCUGGUUUCCACCCCAGCCUUUGAGUAUUUUUCCUCGGUCAAGACCGGUUCUGCUGCGUCAGGUAUCGUCCUUCAGAGCCCUGACGGAACUCCUGUUGGCAUGUUCUUCGAACCGCCUGCAAAGGCAGACGGUCGACGGUCGUCUUACGGAAGAAUGCCAUCAGACACACUGCGAAGGAAAGCAACUGGCAGACGAACUUCUUCCGGGGCGAAUCAAGACGAGUCAAAUCAAUCUCCUGCGACUUCACCUCAGAACGCUCGUCGUAUUUCCAACAUGUCGUCAUCUACGAGCAAAACGGACGUAAAGGAGUCAGCCUCACGGCGCAGUUCAGGGAGCAAGGAAAUGUCGCCGACGAUGACACCUGAUUUGCCAGGUCGAGGCGUAUCACGUCGAAAGACCUUUCAGAUUAAUCAGAAUGUCGAACCUAUCAUUGCUCAAGGUCGAGACCGAGCCGCGACCCUCACGCAGGUUGCAAGAAAGAAUCCGGCUUCUCCUCCGAUUUUGCCGUCACCCAAAGAGGUUCAUCCAUCUCAACCUACCAAAACCAGUUCUCCUGGUUUUGUCAAGCCCCCAAAGGUCUUGCGAACAGUUAGGCGGAGUGUGAGCGAUGAUGUGGUGGUGCCUCCCAUCAAUGUUCUGAUAGUUGAAGAUAACCCUAUCAAUCAAAACAUUCUGGCAAUGUUUUUACGCAAAAAGAAGAUACAAUAUCAAUCUGCAAAGGAUGGUUUAGAGGCAGUAGAGAAAUGGCGGACUGGUAGCUUCCAUCUUAUAUUGAUGGAUAUUCAACUUCCCGUCAUGGACGGUAUCGAAGCGACAAAAGAGAUCCGCAAGCUUGAAAGAAGUCAUAACAUCGGCGUUUUCCCCAGUACCCCAGGUUCGGAAUAUCCUCGUUCGACAGGCGAAGCCCCAUCUUCUCCUUUCCGUUCAUCUGUUAUCAUUGUCGCUCUCACCGCUUCAUCACUUCAAAGUGAUCGUGUGGUAGCUCUGGCGGCGGGUUGCAACGAUUUCCUCACCAAACCUGUUUCUUUGAAAUGGUUGGAACGCAAGAUUGUCGAAUGGGGUUGCAUGCAAGCUUUGAUAGAUUUUGAAGGGUGGAGGAGAUGGAAAGGAUCCGAUCCGAAAGAUCCUAACGAGACUAAAAGAGGUUUUACAAUUGGUCCUCAAGCGGCUGCCAAAACUCUAGCGGGCAGACUUAGAAUCGAACGUAAACACGCUCGUUCCCCAGGUCCAGCGACUCCGACGACAAAUGACUCAUCUGGUCCACAAAUCAAUAUCGAAGCUCCUACUCCCCAUUCUGAACUUGUCGACUCUAACGAUGAAGAUAAACCGAUAAUCUUACCCACCCCAGCGAAAUCUCUCCAGUCAGCGAGAAGUGAUUUGGCCGAUAAACGUCAUCCCAUCUUCAUUCCCUCACCUCAUUACUCUUCUCCACCAGCAGCCGGACUUCCAAAAUCAUCAUCUCUCAUGUCAAUACACGAAGAAGAUUACGAACAAGCACGAGCCUUAUCAUUGGGACCUAAUAUCAAAGCUGCUUCCCUACCUGAUCUUCAAACAGAUGUCAAUCUUUCUUCCACUGAAGCUGCUCAUGCUGCUGUAGAACGAGAACUUCCGGAAUUGCCAUCCGACUCUUCUGGCGAUUCUUUCGAUACCGCAAAUGAAAGUUUGGAUAGUAUUUCCUUGGAACAUUCAUCACAAUCUGAUUUACCAUCGUAA